GAUCUUCUGUGGUUUUUAGAAGCAGGAAAUCCAGGAGCUGGCAGGAGGGGAAUGAACCGUGAGGGCGUCCCCGGAAAGAGUCCGGAGGAGGUGUAUAUUCAGCAGAAAGUGAGAGUCCUGCUCAUGCUGAGGAAGAUGGGAUCAAAUCUGACUGCUAGUGAAGAGGAGUUCUUGCGCACAUACGCAGGUGUAGUGAAUAGCCAACUUAGCCAGCUUCCUCAACACUCGAUUGAUCAGGGUGCUGAGGAUGUUGUGAUGGCAUUUUCCAGAUCAGAGACAGAAGACAGAAGACAGUAACUACAGGGCACCUGAACAACACAGAACUGGAGAGGACACUGAGAUUCCUGAAGAUAAAGGAGGAUGGCUGAGCAUUAAUAAGUUCCUUUGCCCACCCUAAUUGUUCCUUGGUAUUCCUUCUCCUUUGUAAUUUUGUUUCCCUUUGCCCAACCUUCAGAAUGCAUCUCACAGCCAUCUAUUCCUGUAAGGUUUUCUUACUCAGCUGGGCUGUGUUAAUUAAGGACAAACCUAAAGGGGUAUUUUUGAUUGGCUAAAGGAAGACAAUUUUUCAAACUUGACCAAUGAAAACCUCUAUCUUACAUUUUAUUUUAUAUUUAAAGAAAGUCUCUUGACAUCCUGCUUCUAAAGAAGCUUUUCAUGCUGUGGUGCUUAUUUAGGUCAAACUUGUGAAUUUGAAGAGGGUUUGAUUGGGCUGUAUAGAACUGGAAGCAACUUGUGACUGGCUGACAAUGCAGAUGCUUUCUCUUCAGUUGGCUUGCAGGUAUUUUGCUGACUUUGACUUUUUCGUGACAGAAAGCUGAUGUUUUGGUGCAUUGGUUAUUUCUUUAUACUUACUGACUUGGGGGAAAAAGACAAAUGUGCUUUGCAAUAUUUAUUACAUCUACACA